AUGGAUAAAUGGAACCACACUGCGAAUGAUUUUAUACUGUUGGGGCUGUUUCCGCCAAACCAAACGGGCGUGCUGCUCACGCUGCUCAUCAUCCUCGUGUUCUGCCUCGCUUCUGUGGGCAACUCCGCCAUGAUCCACCUCAUCCGCGUGGACGCCCGGCUGCACUCGCCCAUGUACCUUCUGCUCAGCCAGCUCUCCCUCAUGGACCUGAUGUACAUCUCCAGCACCGUCCCCAACAUGGCCUUCAACUUCUUCUCUGGCCAGAAAAGCAUCUCCUUGCUGGGCUGCGGGGUCCAAAGUUUCUUCUUCCUGACCAUGGCAUGCUCAGAGGGGUUACUCCUGGCCUCCAUGGCUUACGACCGAUUCGUGGCCAUCUGCCACCCCCUCCAUUACCCUGUCCGCAUGAGCAGAAGGAUGUGUGCUCAGAUGGUGUCAGGAUCUUGGACCCUGGGCUCCAUCAACUCGCUGGCGCACACGGUCUACGCCCUUCACCUCCCCUACUGCAGGUCCAGGGCCAUCAACCACUUCUUCUGCGAUGUCCCCGCCAUGCUGCCCCUGGCCUGUGUGGACACCUGGGCCUACGAGUACAUGGUGUUUGUGAGCACGAGCCUGUUCCUCCUCUUCCCUUUCCUAGGCAUCACUGCCUCCUACGGACGGGUGCUGUUUGCGGUCUUCCACAUGCACUCCAAGGAGGGCAGGCAAAAGGCCUUGGCCACGUGCUCCACACACUUAACUGUAGUGACCUUCUACUACGCUCCUUUUGUCUACACUUACCUGCGGCCCCGGAGUCUCCGCUCCCCAGCAGAAGACAAGAUCCUGGCGGUCUUCUACACCAUCCUCACCCCGAUGCUGAACCCCAUUAUCUACAGUCUGAGGAACAAGGAGGUCCUGGGGGCCAUGGAAAGAGCGUUUGGGAUGUUCUCUCCCAAGAAGAAAUGA